CUGAGGCGGCUGCGGAGCGGCGACGCGGCACCAUGGGCCGGCUGCUGAGGGCCCCGGGGCAGCCUCCGCUGCUGCCGCUGCCACUACUGCCGCUGCCGCUGUUGCUGCUGCUGGCCGGAGGAGCAUCCCUGGCCACGUGUGCAGCCGGGUCUGAGGAGCCUGGCCCGGAGGGCCUCACCUCCACCUCCCUGCUGGACCUCCUGUUGCCCACGGGCCUGGAGCCGCUGGACUCGGAGGAGCCCAGCGAGGCCAUGGGCCUGGGGGCUGGCCUGGGAGCCCCUGGCUCUGGCUUCGCCAGUGAAGAGAGCGAAGAGUCCCGCAUCCUGCAGCCGCCACAGUACUUCUGGGAGGAGGAGGAGGUGCUGAACGACUCUAGCCUGGACCUGGGACCCACUGCAGAUUACGGUUUUCCAGACCUGACUGAGAAGGCUGGUCCCGUAGAGGAUACCGGCCAGAGUCAAGAGGGGGCGAGCCUCCCGUCUCCCCUGCCCAAGAUGAGCCUAGUGGAGCCACCCUGGCAUGUGGUCCCCAGAGAGGAGGAAGAGGAGGAGCAGCUGCUGCCUGUGACCAGAUCCCAAGAAGAACCCCAAAGUCAGGUCCACGGCUUUCCUCCCACCGGCAGCAGCCAGACCCCAGGGGCCCCCGAACACCGGCACGAAGAGUCUGGGGACCAGGCCUCCUCGGGUGUGGAGGUGGGGAGCAGCAUGGAGCCGAGCCUUUCCCCGCCCACAGUCACCCCAAGUCCAGUGACCCUGGGGGGUCAGGAUGUGGCCGACUGGGGGGCAGGGGGCACGGCGCUGCCAGCCGCAGGGCACAGGCUAGAGUUGGAGGCCCCUCGGGAGCCCAGUGAGGAGGCCACUGCGGGAACAGCUGGCUUGGGCGGCCUGCCGGGGAUGGGACCGUCCCCAGCCUCGUUCCCUCAGACGGAAGCUCCCAGCGGGGCUGAGGCCUCAGACAAAGACCCCAUGCACCCUGGAGCUUCAGCCUCUUUCUCACUGGCCCCUGGGGACAUGGAGCUGACACCUUCCUCUGCUGCUGAUGGACGAGAGUCCCUCAGCCAGCUGCCCCAGGAAGGGCAGACUGCUGACGCUCCGUCUAGAACACCCUGGGACUCCACGCAGGUGGUCUGCAAAGACUGGAGCAACUUGGCCGGAAAGAACUACAUCAUCCUGAACAUGGCGGAGAACGUGGACUGUGAGGUGUUCCGGCGGCACCGGGGGCUGCAGCUCCUGGCCCUGGUGGAGGGGGUGCUGCCCCGCCACGGCAGCGGCCACCACGGGGACUGGCACAUCUCCCUGAGCAAGCCCAGCGAGAAGGAGCAGCACCUGCUGAUGACCUUGGUGGGCGAGCAAGGGGUGGUGCCCACUCAAGACGUCCUCUCCAUGCUGGGCGACAUCCGCAGGAGCCUGGUGGAGAUCGGCAUCCAGAACUACUCCAGUGCCAGCAGCUGCCAGGCCCGGGCCAGCCAGGUGCGCGGCGACUACGGGACGCUCUUUGUGGUGCUGGUGGCCAUCGGCGCCAUCUGUGUCGUCAUCAUCGUGCUCGGCCUGCUCUAUAACUGCUGGCAGCGCCGGCUGCCCAAGCUGAAACACGUGUCGCACGGCGAGGAGCUGCGCUUCGUGGAGAACGGCUGCCACGACAACCCCACGCUGGACGUGGCCAGCGACAGCCAGUCGGAGAUGCAGGAGAAGCAGCCCAGCCUGAACGGCGGCGGCGCCGUCAACGGUCCGGGGGGCUGGAGCGCGCUCAUGGGGGGCAAGCGCGACCCGGAGGACUCGGACGUAUUCGAGGAGGACACGCACCUGUGAGGGGCUGUGCCCCGCCCGGCCCUCGGCGCGGGGUCCCUGCUUUCCCCGACUCACGACGCACCUCGGCCCCGGCCCCGUCCCCACCCGACGCCCCGAGGGGCUGCCCCGGGACCCCAU